AUGCCUUCAGGACUGGUUUCAGGUUACCGGACUAAUCAACAAACAAACGAAACAAGAAAUCUUAAAGCCAUCACCUUGCCUGCGUCGAAAAACUUGAAUGCAUUUGGUUCACAGAGCGCGGCUUCGAAAACAGGUCUGAACAAAAACAAAAUGGCUAAGCUCGUCAUUGUCACCGCAAUGCUUGCUUUGGCAGUGGCUGUAUCGGCAGCACCAACCGAAGAACCCUCUUAUGUCGAUGUGCCAAUAACCGAUUCGGAAGAACUCAGCGAUGCAACGUCGACGCUUGCGUCUGCCAUCGAACAAAAGCAGGAAAUGGCUGCAAAGGUUUGUACAGUUUUCGAAGCAAAAUCGAGAAUGGCAUCACAAUGCGCCGUACAGUAA